CGGCGAUGGAUUCGGGAUCGUCCCAACAGAACUCGCUUCUCCCGGUUGCCGUACCACAUAUGGAAUCCCAGAAAAGGCCACCAUUAUUGCCGUGCUCGUCUCCACACUGGAUAACCUCCUCGUGCAUGUAUGUAUUUUUUGAUUUGCAUUACCAAUAAUUAAUAAACAUAGUAACCCCACAAUCCUUCACUUUUUUAAUCUUUCUUUCCCAAAGUUUCCAAUUCAAAAAAGCUUCCUUCAGAUUUCUUUUCUCCAAUUUUUGGGCCCCUUUUUCCUUUUCUGUUUCCACUCCUUGUUUUCGCAUUUGAUUGCAAUAUCAAGAACGCAGCAUAAGUGUUUGAGUUUUUGAUUCGAGAAUUUGAUGGAAAAUCAAGACCCCAGUGAUCGUAGUAAGAAAACGCUGCGAAGAAGCAGCAACAGUCAUAUAUCUAUGUCGGACACGGAGUCAACCACCAGUCAGGUUGAUUCUUGGCACUCCCCUCUUCGAUCAGACUCGCCACUCCGGUCAGACGACCCUUCUUUUCAGCAGGGAAAUGAUAAUUUCGGUAAUAAAAGUAACAAAUCACUUGUCUCGGUUGAUAAGUACUACUCUCCUUCGCCGUCUCCCGGAAAACCCAAUUUCCAGGCGAGUUCUCCGGGCGCCGGAGUAAAGGGGUGGCGCCCCUGGCCCCAUUCGGAGAAGCCCAGUUCCCGGGGAGCUGAUUUACCAGCUAGUCCGACUGCCGGAGGGAAGGGUGGUCGGAGAGAGAAGCCCGUCUCCCAGAAUCAUGUGAAGGGGACUUCUCCGGUGGUAUUGGGGCUUGACAGGUUGGUGCGGGAGGAGCCUCCGCCUGGGGUGAAAAAGGUGGGGCCGGUUGGCAGCCGCCGUGGUGCUGGAUUGGAGGAGGGGUACGGUGGUGGAGAGGAGGAUGAGGUGGGCGGAGAGAGGCGGUCGAGGGCGGCGGUGGCAAAUAUAUUGAGGAGGUCGGAGAGGAGCAUGGCAGUAAGGAAGGCGGCGUUGGUUUUUAGAGUAUUUGAGGCAAUCGCGUGUUUGGUAUCGUUUUCAGUCAUGGCUGCGAAUAAGACACAAGGUUGGAGUGGCGAUUCUUUUGAUCGAUACAAGGAGUACAGAUAUUGUCUAGCUGUAAAUGUUAUCGGAUUUGUAUAUUCUGGUUUUCAAGCAUACGAUCUGGCUUAUUAUUUGGGCACGGGGAAGCAUGUUUUCUCGCACCAUCUACAUUACCAUUUUGCUUUCUCAAUGGAUCAGAUUAUUGCUUAUCUCCUAAUAUCAGCAUCAUCGUCAGCUGCUACUAGGGUCAUGGAUUGGAUUCUUAACUGGGGCAAAGACGAGUUCACCUUGAUGGCCAGUGCAUCAAUCGCCAUGUCGUUCUUGGCUUUCAUCGCCUUCGCCUUUAGCUCUGUCAUAUCUGGUUACGACCUCUGCAACCGGGAAUCUUGACCCCUCUCCCAGUUUAUAUUUUAUUUCUCGUUUUUUCGUGAUUUUCGAAAGUGCCGAUGGAUCAUUAGUUGCCCAGAAUAUGGAAGGUGUACAUAGAUAGGUGAGUAAGAGUCUAUUUAGCAUUGGGGCGAAAUUUGUUGACAUUGGUAUUGUUUUGAUGAUAUGAAUGAUUCAUCUGUGCUCAGAUGUAUGUUGAA